GGAUGUAAAAUAAUAUUUCGAUCGGAUAGGAAACAAUAGCAAUGUGAUACAUUCGCUCGGGAAUCGCCCACAAAUCGUUACACCCGGCUUGUUCCGUCCCACGCGUGUCCGCUACGUCAUGUUUGCUUAGUUUAAUCCGCUACCCUUCCAAUCCCCCAGCUUCGUUCACAUAGUCGUGGCGCGUGAGGGCAACGAGAAACCCCCUCUCUCCUCAGACGGACAAAAAACAAUCGUGGUUAAUUGCCACGCACACUGUCCGAUCACACUUGUCACUCGUGAUCCAAUAGCCGCGCAGAGCCAGCGAAUUCCGUCGCCAUUGUUCUUCCAGUCGCGUAGACGGUACGCGCGUGGCAGAGAAAUCGGACGGGGACUGUCAGAACUCAGGGGUGAACAGUAUCGUGAAGAAAGUGAUAAUAAGAAGAAGGAAAAGGACGAUUCCUCCGGUGUGACCGCGGUGCGGCGGAAGAAUUAAUUGCACAAUCGCUAUUUAUUUACUCUUCUCUCCUCCCCGCGCAUCCCGUCGGAGGAAAAAUUGCCAUGGCGGUCAGAGUGUGCGCGCGCCUCAUUAUACAGCUUGUCAUCGCUAUAUCUGCAUCCAAUUUCAUCGCCAACGCCCAUGUCAACGUAGAUUAUAGCGAGGAGUGGGUCCUCAGGAUACAGGGAGGAUCGCAAGUAUCGUCGUUAUUAGCCGCUCAGUCCGGUUACAAGCAUCAUGGUCCGGUUCUCGGAUUCAAGGACACAUAUAUAUGGCUUAAGGAUGAUAAUCCUAGUCAGAAGAAAAGGGGAAAUAUUCGCUUGACGAAGGCCCUUAAUGCAAACUCUAAGAUUAUCUGGGCGGAUCAACAGAAAACCGUGAAACGACUUAAACGUGAUUACAUCUCAUUAGCCGAUUUGGAGUCUGAAAAACCUUUAACGCGAGAGAAACGUCUUCCAUUAAACAUAUACGGAGAUGUAUCAAACGCUAUUGACGAAAAUGAUGGUGCUGUCCAUAAAUUACGGAUAUUCAACGAUGAACUUUGGAAUCAAGAAUGGUAUCUGCAAGACACGAGGACGAAUAAAGCUUUGCCGAAGCUCGACUUAAACGUUCUGCCUCUCUAUCGACUGGGGAUAACUGGUCGUGGAGUAAGAAUUGCUGUUCUCGACGAUGGUUUAGAAUACACGCAUGAUGACCUGCGGAACAAUUAUGAUGCGGCCAUUAGUUACGACAUAAAUGAAGGUGAUGACGAUCCUUUUCCAAGAUACGAUGACUCAGGGAUGAACGGUCAUGGCACCAGGUGUGCUGGAGAGAUAGCUAUGGAGGCCAACAACCAAAAGUGUGGCGUCGGUGUCGCCUUCGACGCAUCCGUCGGCGGCAUCAAGCUUCUCGAUGGCCUGGUGAAUGACCGUGUGGAAGGCGAAGCUUUGGGAUACAGGUCCGAGCUUAUUGACAUUUACACGGCUUCCUGGGGACCGGCGGAUGAUGGAAAAAGUUUAGAGGCACCUGGCAGACUCGCUGUUGAAGCACUUGAACGUGGUAUAACAAAAGGUCGGAAAGGCAAAGGUAAUAUUUACGUGUGGGCGUCUGGUAAUGGUGGCUCCAAAUCGGAUGACUGCGGAUGUGACGGAUACGUAGGGAGCAUAUACACCGUGGCUGUUGGAUCAGCCAGUCAAACCGGAAGAUUUCCUUGGUAUGGAGAAAGAUGUCCUGCUACCCUCGCUACGACGUACAGCAGUGGCGCGUAUCACGAUCAAAUGGUUGCAACAACGGAUCUACGAAACACCUGUACGACUAGGCACACGGGUACUUCAGCUUCCGCCCCAUUAGCCGCCGGAAUAUUGGCUCUCGCACUGCAAGUAAACAACAACUUGACGUGGAGGGACAUUCAGCAUCUGGUAGCUUGGUCAUCGGAAUACAGUCCUCUCAGCGAAAAUCCGGGCUGGUUUAAGAACGCGGCUGGAUUUUGGUUCAAUUCACGCUUCGGUUUCGGGCUUAUGAACGCGUACGCGCUAGUAACGGCGAGCUACAACUGGACGACAGUGCCAGAGAAGACUAUUUGUAAAGUGGAUAACGUGUACAUCGCCGAUAACAGGCUGAUUUAUGGAAAUUCCAAGAAACUGCAGUUCGAUGUCGAUAACUUUUGUCGGACAUCGGAGAGCGAGAUAAUCUUUUUGGAGCACGUGGAAGUUGAGGCGAAUCUCGAGUACUCUCGCCGCGGCGCACUGCAGAUGCGUCUGACUGCGCCUUCAGGGACUACCGUCCAUAUUCUAAGUCCAAGGAAGCUGGAUAAGUCUGACUCCGGUUUUACGAAGUGGAAAUUCAUGUCCGUCGCGACGUGGGGUGAAGAUCCUCGAGGAACAUGGAUCUUGGAUAUAAUUGAUAAAAUAGGCCCAAAGUGGAAUAAUGGCACUAUUGGAGUAUUUACAUUAAUUCUGCACGGUACCGCGCAAAUUCCGGUUUAUCGUCGAAACGGACCGCGAAUCUACAACGAAGAUUACAAUCGAAUACGCAAAACCUACGACAUUCAGUACGAUUUUCAGCAAAACGUAGUGGAACUGAACGCAGCAAAUCCCGUAGAAGAUAAAUACAAUCAAUAUAUAAAGCCAAAAAUUAAUAACAUUUGGUUCAAGCAAUGGUUGAAAAAGCUAAUAAGAUUAUUAUAGUCAGUUUUCUAGUCAUGUCAUUGAAUAUUAAAUUAUUAAAACAAUUAGAAACAUUUAAACAAUUAUCACCCAUAAUAAUUGUCUGCCAAAACAUUAAUUUUAAUUAAUAUUCACGCAGGCUUACGUUACGCUUCUACAACAAACUAAUCAUAUUAUCCUUCACAGUUAUAUCGAACUUUCAUUUUGAGAGUACGAUAUAAUGCAGUAAUUUGCAAAUUGGUGAGAAUCUGCCUGCCUUUAUUAGCAAAUGCUACAUAAUGGAUUUGUGAUAUCUUUGUAUCAAUGGUAGUAUUAUUAAAUGAAUUUCCUGCAAACAUGCCAGCGGGGAGAGUUCUUUGUAACAUCCUACGUAUGUACAUACGCAUGUGUAAUUCGAGAUACGUAAAUUACCUUUAAUUCGUUAUCAACACUGAGUGAGUUUCUCCUAACCCUUUGUGUGCGGCUGUCUGGACCAUUUAACAACAGGCAUCGGCCGUAGCAAAUAUCGCUGAAAUUCUAGACGUAACGGAACAAGAUAAUAGCUCUUGCCUAUGCGCAUGCAAGGUACGUUAUAAAUCACGAGUUACAAGCGGACGUAACUGAACCGAAGUGGACUUGCAAAUCACAGGCAUAAAUACCUUCGUAAUUGUAUACGACUGAAAUUCAGUAAUGAACUUCAAAUAAUUGCGCAUAAUUACUUAUUUGUUUUAAUUAAGAUUUCAUUAAUCUUAGCGAGUUACUUUUUAGCUUUGAUAUGUAAAUACUUUGUAUUUUCUUCGAGAACUUUUAUCAAGAAACAAGAAGAAGAUCUCUUUGGAAAAUCUUGGGGUGCACAUCGUAAUUAAAAAUAUAAAGAGGAAAAUAGAUUUACUGUAAAAUUUCUUGAUUUGAAUUUUUCGGAAAAUUUUCUUUCCGUGAAAUUUUACUUUAGAUAUGCAGUCUUCUCUUGUAUGCACCAUUCUAAGAAUUUACAUAUCCUUGGCUUUGCAAUUGUGAAAUGUCGUAUGAACCCAAAGAUACAUGCAAACGUUCCCUUUUGCACGCACUAGAGAUUACCAU